AUGCGCGAGUUCAUGGACUACAUCCAGACCGCCUUCUACACAGCAACGGGCUGGAACCGUGACAACUCGUACAGCUCCCUCAACGCGACUUCCGACGCCUUGCUGGGCUUUGAGACCCCGCGGGGCCUGCGCCUGACCCUCUCCUCGCUCGCGACGCCGCACUUCGCCACCGCCUACCAGCUCGGUUCCGUCGGCGUUGUCGACGGCUCCAUAUCGUACCUGUACUCGACCGUGCCGCUCGACGGCCACACCAUCGCGCGCAGCGAACGGAUACCCCUGCCUGACCUGCUGAGGAGCUAUCGGCCGUUGUUGGAGCUGUCGAGGCCGGGUAGUGUACAUGAUGGCGGCGACGGGGCUGGCUCGACGGCACGGAACGGCAUCGGCGCAAACCGUAAGGGGAGGGAUGUGCUGACGUGCGGGAGGCUGUAUCUGCCCAUGUCGAUGCUCGAGGCGCUCGUGGUGCGGAGGUUGUCGCCCAAGCUGCAGAUGCAGGUGAGCGCCGUGUCGGAGCAGACGUUGAGAAAUGGCGGCACCGUGCUGGGCAUGAUACAAUACGACGAGGGCAGGUACGGGUUGGAGGGUCUGGCCUCGUCAGAUGGAGGUCUCAUGGGUGUGCGCGGGCUGUACAACUUCGGAGGCGACGUUGCGAACCUGAGUGCUGGCGCAAAUGGGACAGGUGAGAAUGGGAAUGGAGCAGGUAAUGGCGAACGGGAGCGCAUCUACGGACGGUUCAGCACGGGCGCCGAGCUGUACUACGGGACGCUGAACAAGUCGGGAGGCAUGAGUCUUGGCGCGCGGUUUGCGACGCUGCCCACGCAUAAGGGAACGCCACUCACGGCGACGAUGACGAUCAACCCGUUGAUGGGCAACAUCAGCUGGACCUAUGCCGUCAUGGCUGGGAGCUACUGCUCACUAGCCACCAAGAUGGACUUCAACGUCUACAGCUACGAAAGCGACUGGGCGGUAGGCAUGGAGCUGUGGAGGAAGAAAGGAGCAUGGAGCAUCGAAAGCGUACAAGAGGCGGCUCCAAUCGUGACUCCGAGUGGGCGACCGGCGAGGAGCUUCGAUGCCAAGAUGGAAUGGAGGCUUGACGACGCUCUGCCGACGCUGGACUCUCCUGGUGUACUUCCAUCCCCGAAAGUGGUGGCCGAGCCCAAGAAGGAGAGGAGCUUCCAGGCCAGGAUGGAGUGGAGUUUGGACGAGGCCAACGCGGACACAGCUACAGACAUGGUCGCUGACGGUGGUGAAGACGGCGACCAGUACGCAGGAGUGUUGAAAGCGCGUCUGGACCAACAUUGGCGUGUUGGCCUCUUGUGGGAGGGGCGGGUCAAGUCUCUGCUGUUCAGCCUGGGUAGUGGGAUCGACCUGCGACGACCCGACUCACCAUUUCGGACUCUCGGGCUUGAAGUACAGUUCUCGUCGUGA